UUAUGCACACAAUGGUGCGAUUGUAAGACCUAAAAGACAGUAGCUUAAACUUUCCAUUACAUCUGUAUACAUAAAAUAUAUUUGCGUUUUGUAAGACUUAUUCCGAUUUUACCGUUUUGGGGAAAAAGUCUCAAAACCAUCACUUUAAAACGGUCGUUUUAACAUACAAGUUCUCAAGAGUUCUACCAUAGUUUCAAAGAUUACCAACAAAAAUGAAACAUUAUUGUUUUUUAAUAUCAUUCGCCGUUGUUACUGUUUUAGCAGUUAACAUAGCCGACUACAAAAAGGAGGUUGCCUACACAAAUAGACAAAUCAAGAGUGCAGGAGUAAAGAUGCAUAAGGUAAUUCAAUCCCUUGUUUGUGGACCGGCACCGAUGGAUAAAGUUGUUUUUAUGUUGGUUGCACCAGACAUGGCACUCGAUGAAUCUAUUGAAAACAGUAAAGAAAAACUGCAGGAAUGCAUAGGCUACCAGACUGACUUGCAAAAAGAAAUAUCCACUGUCUCACGUGUAGCGUGUUUUAUAUUGAGAAAAGUUGGUUUUCUAUGUGAUCCAAAAGAUUUUGAAACCUGUAGGUUGUCAGACCUUGCAGAUACGAGAAGAGAUUUGAUUAAGGAUGUUACUAUAAAAUUACUCAACGAUGUAGCAUCUGGAAAUCAUAUGGGUAAUAUCAGACAUCGCGGGAUGUGCCGGUUAAAAGGACUGAAGAGAAGUUUAAGUAACCCAAAAUCAUACAUAAAGGAAGCUAAUGUUAAUGGUAGUACGUGUCGUCUAACUAAAAUAAACAACGAGACGGUUAUAGUCUCUACCAUGGGGUGGGACUUUUAAAAUAAACCACUAUAAUAACAAUACUUAAAUAAUUGUUUUAA